UGUAUAAUUUUACAAUAAGCAUAUUUACAUGUGUCGUUGAUUAGUGUAUGAAACGAUCAAAAUAUACGAGCAUGUAUAGCCCCUGGCAUGUAUCAGUUUAAUUAGUUCUGCGACUCAUUCCAUUAAUUUGGCAGUAACGUCCACAAAUAUUUAAUUGAAUCUAACCUAUAUGAGUACGAACAGGUUCGAGUAAGUGCAACAGCGGUGUCGAUGAAUGUUUUCCACGUAAUUUUUGUUGAUCAAGAUCUAGCUGUGAAUCUACUUUGUUUGACUCGCAAUGCGGUAGUGAUACCAGGCGCGAGCUGAAAUGAAGUACUGGCAGCUGGUGACGGGCCUGCUGGUCGCAUGGCUGCUCGUCAUUAUGUACAUGAGCAACUCUGUGUUCCCAAACGCCUCCGACACAAACCUGCGCACAGAGAGACAGCUUCAGAGAGCCCUUGAUGAGCUCGAGAAACUGCGCAACCAGAACCUUGAACUGCACUCCCUGGCCAAGCAACUCCGGGACCUAAAGUUUGAGCCGUUGGGCAGUGAGAAGGGACAGGAUGCAUCCCAACUGCGGGAAAAAUUGGAUAGUAUGGGAAGUCAGCUGCAACACUCUUUCGCACAGACAGGGGCUGUUGGGGCAGGUCCGAGUCUGGAGCAUGAGGUAGCACGGCGGGAGAUGGAGCAUGUGUCAGGGGAGUUCUGGCUCUACAUCCAUGCAGAGCUCACAAAGAUGAAGGAGGCUGCCGUUGACCCUGAUGUCGUUCGAACCAUCAACAGAAUACUUGCCAUGGCAGGAGACAUUCACAUGACAUUGCGUAACAAGCAGUACCAACUGUCAGAGGAUGUAGACGCUGCUGGUGACUGGCGGAAAGCAGAGGCAGCACGCCUCACUGAUCUUGUACAGCGCAGGAUUGCCUUCAUACAGAACCCGUCAAACUGUGAGAAAGCAAAGAAAAUCCUGUGUAACUUGGGUAAGGGAUGUGGGUAUGGGUGCCAACUGCACCAUGUCACAUACUGCCUUAUGACAGCGUACGCUUCCCAGCGCACCCUCAUCCUGCAGUCAGAGGGCUGGCGGUAUGCAGCACGUGGCUGGGAGUCUGUGUUCCUGCCGCUAAGUAACACCUGCCACUCCACACAUGGGCAGCCUUCCACCCGCUGGGGACCGGGUGCAAUGACCGACAACACAAUGGUGUUAGAGCUGCCCAUAGUUGACAGCCUUUCUCCGCGGCCCCGCUUUCUUCCCCUAGCCAUCCCAGAGGACCUAGGUGAUCGCCUGACCCGGGUGAGUGGCGACCCCUCAGCCUGGUGGAUCGGCCAGUUUGUCACCUACCUGACACGCCCCAACACUGACAUGCAGGCGUACCUGGAGAAUAGCAAGCAGAAACUGGGUUUUGAGAGCCCUAUUGUUGGGGUUCAUGUGCGUCGUACAGACAAGGUGGGUAUGGAGGCCCAGUUCCACUCGCUGGAUGAGUACAUGGGGCACGUGGAGGAUUGGUUCAACACAUAUGAGAAACGCCACCCUGAUAUCCAGCGACGUGUCUUCUUAGCUUCUGACGACCCCGAAGUAUUACAGGAGGCUAAAAGGAAUUACCCAAACUACAUAUUUGUGAGUGACACUGAGGCGUCUAAGACAGCUGGCCUGGGAAGCCGCUACACAGACGCCUCUCUGCGGGGGAUUGUCCUGGACACGUACCUUCUCUCCCGCUGUGAUUUCCUUGUCUGCACAUUCUCCUCUCAGGUAUGUCGUGUUGGGUAUGAGCUGAUGCAGCCACUGCAUGGUGAUGCCUCCCAGUGGUUUAGGUCCCUGGACGACAUCUUCUACUACGGAGGCCAGAACGCCCACAACUGGGAAGCUGUGGAGAACCAUGAUACAGACGAGCCCGGCGAGAUCAGCUUCCGCAGGGGAGACUUGAUUGGAAUUGCCGGGAAUCACUGGAAUGGAUUCUCUAAAGGGAAAAAUACACGCAAUGGGAAAACGGGGCUUUUCCCUUCAUAUAAGACUGUUAAUAAAAUUGAGCGGUUUAAAAUGCCUACUUAUCCUAAGGUUAAAGAAUUGUGAUGAUAGUUUAAUUGUAAUAUAAUUUAAUAUUAUUAUUUAGCUUCAUUAUGUUAGAAAUCAUGUCUAAGAGUGUAUAGUCUUAUUAAGCUUAACUGUAUUGAUGAAGUGCUUAAAUCAGAAACAAAACAGAACAUUUUAAGGUAAAUAUAGUUGUCUCAGAAGCUGUUAUCAUAUUUCAAUGACAAUUAGAGAAAAAAAAAUUGAAUGAAAACUUAUCAGGAUAUAUGAAAGCAAAGAAGAAAAACUGUAAUGCAGUUAUUGUAUAUCUCUUAGAUAUCAGCGCAUAUCACAUUUCACAUUGUAAAUUAUCUCAUACUACAUAGUGUCAUGAUUCAUUUUAGGUUCUUUGAUCGCAUAAAUAAUUAUAGUAACAAGUGAACUUUCAUUUUUUUUAAAUUUUAUAUUAUUAUUAAUGCUAUGCUAUCAAAGAAUUGAAGAAGAAAAAAGGAACUGAAAUUUUAUAUUAUUAUUAAUGCUAUGCUAUCAAAGAAUUGAAGAAGAAAAAAGGAACUGAAAUUUUAUAUUAUUCAUGCAUCUUAUUUUAACCAUAUAUGCAUCUUUUGUGCAUUCAUGUAUCUUUUAAAUCAAAAUUUAAAUUAUUUUUGACAUCGGAAAAAUAUGGACUUUUUCAUAGUUUAAGCAAUAAAGAUUAGGUUCCCAUGCUUUAUAUGAAACAUAAACUGGUGAAACCAAGGUUUUAUAAUUAAGUAGUAAUACAUGAAGUCUUGUGAAACUUACACUCAGCACUCCAUCUAGAGCUUUUGUAUUUUUAACGCUAUAACCGAUAGUAUAUUUCACUUUUAAACAAUGUUUGAUAGUUGCACAAGACACAAGCCCUGCUUUCUUGGCCUGCUCAACUUUUAUCUAGCAGGUCUUGUUGAAAAUAAAUGAUGCCAUGCUUCAGUGUAAGAAUUUGGGUUCCAUUAUCCAAAUAACCUACCUAUGAUAGUCAAAAUCUUAUACUCACACAGUAUACAUGUGCAUCUUGCUAUGGCACCUAACCUUUUAUAAUAGAUUUACGGGGAAAAAGUUUCCAUAUUCAUCUUUUUGUCAAAGAUGGUCAUAUAUAUAUUUUAUUUGUAAAUAUAAAUAUUCAUUAGUUAUUUUAUUUCUAUAAGCUUUAUGAAUUGAAAUCCAUUUAUUGGGCCAAAGACUUUGUGAUUACAUUUUUGUGAUUUUAAUUUAAUGCGUUUUGUUCUUAGAUUUUACCAGAAUUUUUAUUUUUAAUGUUUGCAAAUAAUUCAGUUGUUCACUCUUAUUUUCUGUAAUAUUGAUGUAUAACUGGUUGGUUAAGGAGUAUGUCAUACAGGUUAUGGGAAUCUGCCUGGUUGGUAGUUAUGGUGGACGCACUACGCAAGAUAUUUCAUUGAGUGCUUUUUAUUGGAAACUAAAGGGAUUUAUGUCGGCCUAAAUUUAUGACAUAUUUGUAUAAUCAGAGCAUUUGAAUGUUUAUCAUUUUACACUUCUACAAUCAUGCUUUGUUAAAACUAAUUGAUUUACUGCAGCUAUGUUUUCGUGAUUGUACCUUUUUGGAAGACGUUAUGAUUUGAAUAUUAAGGUUACUACAUUUUGAACAAUUUUAUUAUCAACUAUUGUAAAGAAUCAGUUCAAAUCCUUUCUCAACUUCUACUUGCCGUAAUGGCUUUUGACUUCCUGACUUACACAGAAACUACAUCUCUGUACAAUUUCUUAGCUUGUUCAUUAUUCAGAAAAGUGUCUGGUUUGUCUUGUCAUGGACUUUGUGCUUUUGUUGUGGGCGCUUUGGCGUGAAAAAAUAUUGAGGGGUGGCAAGAACUUUAAAUACAGGUAAUAGGUCUUUGUAACUACAUUUAAAUGAUAUAGUCCUAGUAUAAUUGGGUCCCACAGUUGGGUGUUAAGGUUUUAUUAAAAAAAAAACGCAUUUAAGUUGUUGUUUUUCCAUGUCAUAAAUACAACAGUUUUUGUCUGAUUUUCAUGGAACUUGGUCAGAAUAUUUGUCAGCAUUAUAUUCAAGACUAGUGUGAAUAUGAAAACAACAUUUUUUGUUUCUUAUUCUUAUCCAAUUUCAACAGUGUUUAUCCCAUAUUCAAGAAAAUCUGUCUGAAUAUUUCUCAUCAUGAUAUGUAGGACCAGUUUGGAUAUCGGUCAUUUCCAGUCAAAAAGAGGUCGAACCAGUGUGAACAGAGGUCAGCACUAUUCCCUUUUUCCUCUAUAAAUAUACAUCCUGCUGCAGAAUCACAUUUGUGAAAAUGAAAAGUCCAGCUUUAAUCGAGUUUCCACAUUAACACCUUGUUCAAUUGUUUGACAGCAGAAAAAAAGAAUAGGAAAGUAUCAGUCCUUGCUCUGCGGCACUCUUGUUUAAAGCUUACCCAUAAGAACUAUGUUAUAGUUUUCUGAUACAUAUAAUAGUUCAUAGUACGUGUAUGUAGGAAUACCAUGCAAACAUUGUGUAUAGUCAGAAUCCCAGACCUGAGUGUGUUGUGUCCUUGUGGCUGAAUUCUUGCCAAGAUACACUCAGGAAAACCUGCUGCACCUUUUUUUGCCAUAGAUUUUAGUAGUUUUACUUGUUGAUUUUAAAAGGGCUUGGGUAAUUACUGGUAAUACUAAUGUGCCCUCAAUGCUAGUCGCUUUUGAAAUUGGUUUAUGUUUGUGUUUUUAUUUUCUGUUUAAAAAUUUAUAUGCUUGUAUUCACUUGUAGUGAAGAAUAUGUUAUUUUUUCAUUUAUUGUGUGCUGUAUAUGCAGUGAAUGAAAUAAGUGUUUUCCAAUGGAUAUUUUGUUAACCUUUAUACCUCUGCUCAGAUUUUUAUGCUCCCCAAAGGGAAAGCAUAUAGGUGCUGCUUUGUCCGUCAGUCCGUCCGUCACACCCUUAACUGGAGAAUAACUUCAAAACUACUGAUGCCGUGAUGGGAUUGGAAUCACACUUGGUAUACAGAUAGAUGUCAAUGAGAUGGAGUGCAAUGCACAAGAACCAUUAUCCUAUUAUGCAUACUUAUUAAGUUACUCCCCCAUACACAUUUUUUUGCAUAAUUGGUGCUUGUCUAGGCCAUAUCUUAGAAAACUAAAGAGAUCUUCCAUUCCCUUUUUUCUUCAUCAGUGCUUGUCCAGGCAGUAACAUGGAAAGUACUAAAGGGAAGGGAUUAAAAUGAAACUUCAAACAUAGACAGAUGGCUCUAAGAGGCAUUUCAGUGCACAAGAACCAUUCAGCCCUGCAUAUAAAGUUAUCUCCCCUUUACCUGAUUUUCACUGAAAUUGGAGUUUGUCUGGCCCAUAUCUCAGAAAGUACUAAAGGGAUUGAAAUGAAACUUGAAAUAUAGAUCGACGGCAAUGAAAGCAAGUGCAGUGCAUAAGGGCCAUAAACCAGCCUUGCAUACAUUUUUAGUUGUCUUCCUUUCAAUUCCUGCCCUUUAACUGAUCUGUUGGUUAUGAGUGCUUAUCUGAAAGUACUAAAGAGAUUUAACUUUGAAUGUAAAUAGAUGGAAGUAAGAAAUGCAGUACCGAAGAAUCCUAUCCUUCAUAUAUGGGUGCUUGUCCAAGCCAUAUCUUGGAAUUGUACUUGAGGGAUUAGAGAUGAAACUUGGUAUAGAAAUAGAUGGCAAUGACAGGAAAUGUUGUACCAAACAAUAAUAAAUUGACCCUGCAUGUUUAUUUAGUUAUCUCCCCUUAAGCUGAUAUUUUUCCACAAGGGUGCUUGUUCGGGCUGUAUCUUGGAAUUUUCUAAAGGGACUCAAAAUGGUAUUGGUGUAUAUAUGAAUGGAAAUAACAUUAUAAAAUAUUUGAAGAAACAUGUACAGGCUAUCAUGCAUUCCUCUUCUAAUGAUAGUUGUGAAUUUCAAAUGCUGCUUUAUUUCAUUGCUUAAAAUUUAAUUCUCAAACCUGUUGAAAUCUUUAUAUAAUUGUUAUGAAUUUUGCAACUUGUGUAUAAUAAUGCUGUAAACAUUUUCUUCUACCGGCACAUUGUAUUUCAAUUUCUGCCUAUUCAUAGAUAAUGGUGGUAUGGGGAGUAUCCAUCACUUUCAGUGAUAUUCUUGUUCUAAUUCCUUUCUAUCACAAAAAAGGAUAUUUCUAGUCAAGCAGUUUACAGUCAUAUUAAGCAUGCAGCACUAAACAAUAGAUGAAACUGUUAAGAAAGAUAUUAGAAAUUAGGAGAAAAACAUAUUGUGCUUUUGCAAAUGAAGUUGAUGUUACCGGUAAUGAUGUCUGUAUAGAUGUUGUGUUUCUUUACAGUAUUUUAUCAAACUGCUGUCCAUUCUGAAUUGUGUUACUCUUAAUGUUGAACUUAAGUCUUGUACAAGGGGAUGGAGCUUGUGCUUGUGAAUGUCUUUGAUAAGAUAAGAUAUUGUCUUCCCAAUGUUUUCAUUUUCAGAUAUUCUGAAUUUCUAUAUUGUAAGAAAACAUCAAUUGAAUGUGGUUGGUGAAAUGAUGUUCAGUGCAUGUGAUAUUGAAGAAACAAAUGAAGUGAUUUAUAUUCAAACAGGAGAAUUUGUAUUCAAUAACAUACUUGGCUCAGCUCUAACUAUACUUGGACUCAGCUCCGACUGUACUCUGCCUCAGCUCCGUCUGUACUCUGACUCAGCUGUGACUGUACUCUGACUCAGCUGUGACUGUAAUCUGACUCAGCUCUGACUGUACUCUGACUCAGCUCCGACUGUACUCUGACUCGGUUUUAACUGUACUCUGACUCAGUUCUAACUGUACUCUGACUCAGCUGUGACUGUAACCUGACUCAGCUCUGACUCAGCUCCGACUGUACUUUGACUCAGCUUCAACUGUAUUCUGACUCAGCUUCAACUGUACUCUGACUCAGCUCUGACUGUACUCUGACUCAGCUACAACUAUAUUUUGACUCAGCUCCGACUGUACUUUGACUCAGCUAUAAUUAUACUCUAUGACUCAGUACCGACUAUACUCUGACUCAGUAAUUUUAUAUCACCAUGAGGUAUAUGCUUUUUAUACAUCAAUGAGACCAAAUACUUAGACAAUUGACCAUUCAAUAAAAAACUCAGUACACUUGGGCCCCAAUAGUUAGUUUUUCAUACCCUAUUGUCUCAAUAUAUGGUUCUCAGACUUGAUUCUUGGUUUAACAGACAUAUUUGUUAAAAAAAAAUUAAAAAUUAAAAACUGCAACAACGUAGAAGUUCGUAUUUUUGUACAGUGCAUGUUUACGUUGUUUUUCCAUUGUAGCAAUGUAUGGUUGUAUGAAUUUGUAUUUAAAAUUAAUUGCUCAAAUCCUGUGUUGGAGGUUUGUCAUAUGAAAGAAUGGGCCUGGUAUAAACAACUGUUUCGUAUUGUCUGUAUUGCCAUACUGUUUUUGCUACUUUUUAGGGCAUUAAGUUAGUUUUUAUGAUCUUUCAAUCUUUUCCCUAUUUUUAAAAGAUUUUUUGUAUUUUUUUUCCACUUAUACACCGAGUAAUGCUACCUUUGCGUUUUCUAAGGAUUGGAUGAAGUAAACCCAUAUUACAUAUUAUUACAUGUAACUAGUUAUUUUUCUCGAAUGUUUGAAAUUUAAUGUUUUGUUGAAACAGAAGAAACAUUAUAUUUUUAUAAUGUAGACUAAACCAUAUGUGUUUAUUUUAACUUCUACUGCUUUUAAUAAACAGGUAAAUACAUUUUCAUUCUUGAAUCUUGAAAAAACUAUACAUAGCUUGAUUAACAGAUAAGACUCGGUAUAUGUAGCCUUGUUAACAGAUAAGACUCAUUAAAUGUAGCCUUGUUAACAGAUAAGACUCAUUAAAUGUAGCCUUGUUAACAGAUAAGACUCAUUAAAUGUAGCCUUAUUAACAGAUAAGACUCAUUAAAUGUAGCCUUAUUAACAGAUAAGACUCAUUAAAUGUAGCCUUAUUAACAGAUAAGACUCAUUAAAUGUAGCCUUAUUAACAGAUAAGACUCAGUAUAUGUAGCCUUAUUAACAGAUAAGACUCAUUAAAUGUAGCCUUGUUAACAAAUAAGACUCAUUAAAUGUAGCCUAAUUAACAGAUAAGACUCAUUAAAUCUAGCCUUACUAACAGAUAAGACUCAUUAAAUAUAGCCUAGUUUAUAGAUAAGACUAUUAAAUGUAGCCUUGUUGAUAGAUAAGACUAUAAAAUGUAGCCUUGUUUAUAGAUAAGACUAUAAAAUGUAGCCUAAUUUAUAGAAAAGACUCAUGAAAUGUAGUCUUAUUAACAGAAAAGCAUUAAAAAUGAAAAAAGAACACUGGAUUCUCAUGCAAAACAUGUAUCAAGCCAUUAAAACAUGGGUGAAUGCCAGAAUAUAUCAAGUGACAUAAAAUAUAGAAGGUUUUCGUGCCGGCUGGCAUUAACCACAAAAUAAUAAGAUGGAUUUAAGAGGACUAGCAAUUUACUUAUUUGAGGUGUGAGUGAUCGUCAACUAGUCAGUGUAAUGCGAUAUAUUAGCUAAAAUAAAUAAUUCCUUAAGGCAUACAUGUGUAGAUCCGUUGAUUUAAAUUCCUAGAAUACCAUUGUACAUCAUUCUAGGACUACAGGAGGAAAUCUGUUUUAUUAUUGUAACUCUGUUUCAACUUUUGUGUGUUCAGUUUAAGAGAAAAACUUGUUUGUAUUUAUUAUAAUAUAUGAAAUGUGCUGUGGGGAAAGGUUCACUGAAAUUCAUGUUAUGAUUUACACAAUAAACUAGGUACAGCCCAGGGUUGUAACACAA